AUGGAAACAUUCAAUACCUCUGAGAAUUCCUCUUGUGAUCCUAUACUGGCACACCAUUUAACCUCGCUUUACUUCAUAGUGCUCAUUGGAGGACUGGCAGGGAUCAUCUCCAUCCUGUUCUUGCUGGUGAAAAUGAACUCACGUUCAGUGACCACCAUGGCGGUCAUUAACCUGGUGGUGGUCCAUGGGUUAUUCCUGAUGACUGUGCCUUUCCGCUUGGCAUACCUCAUCAAGGGGACUUGGACAUUUGGAUUAUCCUUCUGCAAAUUUGUGAGUGCCAUGCUGCAUAUACACAUGUACCUCACCUUCCUCUUCUACGUGGUGAUACUGGUCAUCAGGUACCUCAUCUUCUUCAAGCGCAGAGACAAAAUAGAAUUCUAUAGAAAACUGCAUGCAGUUGCUGCCAGUACUGCUAUGUGGCUUUUGGUGAUUGUCAUUGUGGUGCCCCUGGUGGUUUCUCAGUAUGGAAACAAUGAAGAAUACAAUGACAAACACUGCUUUAGAUUUCAUAAAGAACUUGCCCGUGAUUAUGUACAAGUUGUCAACUAUAUGAUAGUCAUUGUUGUCAUAACUAUUGCGAUGAUUCUCUUGGGUUUCCAAGUCUUCAUCACAUUGUCCAUGGUUCGGAAGCUCCGCCACUCCUUACUAUCCCACCAGGAGUUCUGGGCUCAGCUGAAAAAUCUGUUCUUUAUAGGCAUAAUACUUGUUUGUUUUCUUCCCUACCAAUUCUUCAGGAUCUAUUACUUGUAUGUAGUGUCACACUCCAAGAACUGUGAAAACAAAGUUGCAUUUUACAAUGAAAUCUUCUUAAGCACAACGGCAAUCAGCUGCUAUGAUUUGCUGCUCUUUGUCCUUGGAGGAAGCCAUUGGGUUAAGCAAAAGAUUAUUGACCUAUGGAAUUGUCUUUUAUGCUAUUAG